ACCGAGCUCACAUGCAUGUGGCACAGGACUGCACUAUGUUGAUGAUGCAGUGCAACAGUGGUCAAUCACAGUCCAUAAUAGAUGGUAGAUGAAGGGAGCUAGCAUGGUGGUAGGCCAGCCCAAUGACACCUUCUCUCCUUUCACUAAGCUAGUGACCAAGUUGAUGAUCAAAGCAGGACAAGCAAAUCAUUCCUCUUGUCAAAAGAAACGGACGGCUAUGGAAAAUCUUGGCCCCUCUAUAUAUAUGACCACCUCCCAUAAGAUUCAAUGCAAGACAAGAUCAUCUUGGUAUGCGAUCAAGAUUUUGUUGCAUUGGUGGAGCAUAUGCCAUGGCUGCCGCUGAGAAUGAGAUCAAGAUAGGUCAGGUCGACGACGUCCAGGAGCUGCACCGAACGGGCCUGACGACGGUGCCCGAUCGGUACAUCAGAGACGGCGACGACCGGCCAGACGGCGACAACGUCUGUGCCCUCGCGCACAUCCCGGUGAUCGACGUCGGCGACCUCCCGCGCGGCGACGACGAGCUGGACAAGCUCAGGCUCGCCUGCGAGGAGUGGGGUUUCUUCCAGGUUGUCAACCAUGGCAUCGCGCACGAGCUGCUGGACGAGAUGGAGAAGCUGACGAGGGAGUUCUUCAUGCUGCCGCUGGAGGAGAAGGAGAAGUACCCCAUGGCGCCGGGCGGGAUCCAGGGGUACGGCCACGCGUUCGUCUUCUCGGAGGACCAGAAGCUGGACUGGUGCAACAUGCUGGCGCUGGGCGUGGAGCCGGCGUCCAUCCGGCAGCCGAAGCUGUGGCCGACGGCGCCGGCAAGGUUCAGGGAGACCCUGGAGGCGUACUCCGCGGAGGUCAGGAAGCUCUGCCGGACUCUGCUUGCGCACAUCGCCGAGACGCUGGGCCUGGCGCCGGCCACGUUCGGCGACAUGUUCGGCGAGGCGGUGCAGGCGGUGCGGAUGAACUUCUACCCGCCGUGCCCGCGGCCGGAGCUCGUCAUGGGGCUCAGCGCGCACUCGGACGGCAGCGCGGUCACCGUGCUCCAGCAGGACAUGAGCUGCGCCGGCCUGCAGGUGCGCAGCAAGGCCGGCGCCUGGGUGCCCGUCCACCCCGUCCAGCACGCACUCGUCGUCAACCUCGGCGACACCCUUGAGGUUCUGACGAACGGCAGGUACAAGAGCGUGGAGCACAGAGCGGUGGUGAACGGCGAGCAGGACCGGCUGUCGGUGGUGACGUUCUACGCGCCGGCCUACGACGUCGAGCUCGGACCACUGCCGGAGUUCGUCACCGACGAGGCGCCGUGCCGGUACCGGAGGUUCAACCACGGCGAGUACAGCCGCCAUUACGUCACCAGCAGGCUCGAGGGCAAGAAGACGCUCGAGUUCGCCAUGGUUAAUCCGCCGGUCGGCCGGUGAGCACAACGCCAUGGCUCCUGACUCGUGAGGAAACCUCCACGUAGUCGCAUUUGGUCAAGCUGCCUCUACCCGUGCUUGCAAGUUUGCAAAAGCAAACUACUGUACUAAUGAAAGCAUGCAGUGCCGUAUCAAUCACCUUUCUUAUCUGAAAACAAGAGUUUUAUUGUGUUUGUAUACAGUAUUUGGUGUGUGUGUUGCUGAGUGCAUCA